AUGUUAGGACUCAAGCAAGAUUUGGACACUUAUUGGAUAUUGAAAACAGCGCUGAGUAUUAAGUCAAGGUUACUUAGGGUCUUCGUUUUGCAAAAGAUGACACAAAAUACGAGCAUUCCAGUCAGUUAUCCUAUGAUGCCUCCGAUAGAUGAUUUAAAUAAAUAUGCACAUUUAUUGCAAGUCAUUGAAGAAAUGGGACGAGAUAUUAAACCAACCUACGCCAAUAACAAAAAUGCCGCAGAAAGACUAAAAAAGAAUAUUCACACUGCUAGGAUUUUAGUCAGAGAAUGUGUUUCAGAACUUGAACGUGUUAUGAAAGCGUAGCAUUUUUGUCUUCUAUCCUUUAUCUAUUGUAUUCUUUAAUUAAACAAAAUAAACUUUCAUCUUUUGCUUUUCAACUCAUAAUGUACAUUGUUGGUUCGUUCUACAACAUGUUUUUCGCGUAGAUCAGUGCCUUUCAACGUUAAAAUGUCUUCGGGAUAUCUAAUAGUUCUGUGUAUUCGUUUCAUUAUCAUAUAUAAAUGGACUAAAACUGUUG